AUGCACGCUCUGCGACGGAACAAUGUCGUGUGCUCUGCAGUCAUGAACAACGUAUCCAGACAGUGCAACUUCUCGACGUCGGCCGCAACCCGACGGGCUUUGCCAUUCUUCAGCUCCCUUCGCGGCACACAGCCGGGUGACGAACGCGACACCAAAUUUCUCCGGAUGCUGAUGUUCGGGAAGCCCGGAGCAGGGAAGGGGACACUGUCGGCUCGUCUUGUGAAGAAAUACGACAUCCUUUCACUGUCCACGGGGGAUCUAUUACGGCAGCAUAUUGCUGAGGGUACGCCGGUGGGGCAACAGGCGGAGAAAAUCGUGGCCCAAGGCAGUCUAUUGCCCGAUGAACUCAUGCUCAAGGUUGUCACAAGUAGACUCGACUUGAUCCAAAAUAGACAUUGGAUAUUGGACGGCUUCCCACGUACUCUGGGUCAGAGUAAGCUCCUAGACACUCACCUGAGUAAACAAUCAACACCUCUGACCUUCGUUGUGAACAUCGACGUCCCAGACGAUGUUAUUUUGAGUCGGAUUUCCGAUCGUUGGGUACACCUACCUUCCGGUCGAGUAUACAAUAUGUCGUAUAACAGACCGAAGGUGGACGGGUACGAUGAUGAAACCGGAGAACCGUUGACGAAGAGGCCAGACGAUAACCCAGAGGUCUUCGCUCACAGACUAAGGCAGUUCUACACCUCGACCUCCCCACUCUUGACGUACUACACGUCGGCAGCGAAGAACCAGGGAACCAAACGACAUCCCAACCAGCACCCUCAUCAACUCUUCUUCCCUCGCCCUCACAAACUACAUGUUAGCACGAUAUCUGGGACGACUUCGGAUGAGAUAUGGCCGAAACUCGAUAGCCACGUAAAACAUUUGUUCCCAAACCUGCGCCAGCGCCCAGACGAGACGAAACGGCAUAGCCUCAGCGACGCCCUAAUUGAUUGGGAUCGCGCACAGUCCGAGCGGCAAUGA